UUUUAUAGUAGUCAUUCGAAUUCGGUUUCACACUCUACUGCAACAGCGCCAUAUGAGGAGAGCGGCUUUCGUCCAAGCCUACGUUCGAAAUAUAUAAUAUAAAUACACCUGUGCGCCAACUGCUACGAUUAGUGCAAUUAAAUCAAUAGAUUGAUCAACGCAAAUCACGUACUGACCUUGAGUACUUUGCAAUGGCAACUGAACGUCUCGAUGUCAUAAUUUUUGGUGCCACCGGCUUCACCGGCAAAUACACCGUCUACGAAGCGGUUUCUGUGUUGAAGGACCUGCGAUGGGGUAUCGCUGGACGGAAUCGCGAGAAACUGCAGACCGUGCUGAAGGAGAUGGGCGCCAAGGCAAAGAAAGACUUGUCACAGAUCCCCAUCAUUAUAGCCGAUGUCAACGACGAUGCUUCCCUGCUUGAGAUGGCCAAAGCCUGCCGCAUUGUGGUCAACACUACAGGUCCAUAUCGUUUCUAUGGUGAAAAUGUGGUGCGCGCCUGCAUUGAAGCCGGCACACAUCAUGUUGACGUCAGUGGAGAGCCGCAGUACAUGGAAACCAUGCAGUUGAAGUACAACGAACGUGCCAAGGAGCGUGGCGUCUACAUUGUGAGCGCUUGUGGCUUUGAUUCCAUACCCGCCGACAUGGGUGUUGUGUUUGUGGAGAAGAACUUCGAUGGAGUUGUCAAUUCCGUGGAAACGUUUCUGACCACUGGCGCCAAGGAUGUGAGCCCAGACACCAAGUCAGCGGGUAUUAACACCGGCACCUGGGAGAGCGCUGUCCAUGGCUUGGCGCAUUCGAAUGAGUUGCGUGACAUUCGCCAAAAAUUGUAUUCAGAGAAAUUGCCCAAAUUCUUCCCCAUCUUGAAGCCGCGUCCACUGAUGUUCAAGUCAUCGGAAGUGAACAAGGUUUGCCUGCCAUUCCCGGGCUCCGAUCGUUCGGUGGUCAUGCGUUCACAACGCUUCCUCUACGAGCAUGACAAGAAGCGACCGGUGCAAAUGCAUGCCUACGUUGGUUUCUCCUCUUGGACGGCUGCAAUCGUGGUAGCCGUAUUUGCUACCUUCUUUAGUUUUAUGACAAAAUUCAAGCUUGGUCGCACCUUGCUGCUAAAAUAUCCCAGCCUUCUAUCGGGCGGCUUUGUCUCAACCACUGGACCAAGUGAGGCGCGCAUGGAGAAAUCAUUCUUUAAGAUGACCAUGAAGGCUAAGGGCUGGCCCAGUUCACAACGUCUGGCCGAGGGAUCCGAUCAGUACACUGAGCCACCAACCAAAACGUUGAUGGUUCGCGUGUCUGGUCCCAAUCCUGGCUAUGGUUCCACCUGUGUGGCUCUGCUUUCCACGGCUGUGACUAUUCUGCGCGAGAGUAACAAAAUGCCCAGCACUGGAGGCGUUUUGCCACCUGGCGCUGCCUUCUCCAAGACCAGUUUGAUCAGUGAGCUGGAGAAGCACGAGCAUGGCAUGAAGUUUGAGAUUUUGGCCAAUAAAUAAAAAAAGCGCAACUGCGUAACAUAUUCCUUAAA